AUGUUACCUGGAAGAUCGGGUGAGCUGGUGGUUUGCUCCCUUCUUCGUCAAUUUAUCGCACUGACGAAAUCGAAGAUCGACAAGGCACUCAACGAUAGACAAGAGAACAAUCUACUCAAGUGCAUGCAACUGUCCGAGGACGUUGCCUACGAACAGUUACUCGACGCCCUUUAUGCCUCUGCCGAGUUCGCACUUCCCUCCCUAUUACGCAUUUUCCUCCAAUGGUAUCACUCACAACAUUCAACCGGAACACAGUAUUCCGUUCAUCGGAGGCGCUGUCAAUCUAGUGGGGCACAAACAUACCUGGCGGAUUCCAUGACAAGUAGCUAUUUUUCUGGUUCAGCAGAUAAGGAAAACCAACGUUCUAUCGAUGUCCCUGCAGUUACACCGUUGCCCACAGGGAGGCCAGAUAAAAUGGUGAAAAGUGUUUGUGAAAUGAGUAGUGUUUUGAGAUCGAUCUGUUUGACCUCUUCGGAGGCCCGUACACUUGCGGAGCGUCGUGAUCUGGCUAUUGACAUAAUAUUUUGUCAAGUUCUACUGUCCAUAUUGCGUCAACUUUCUUAUCACCCUGGACACAACGAAGAAAUUGAACUCGUACUUGAACAGUCCUUUAAAAGGUUCAAAUAUCGUGAGGAUCUUCUCUCACAGAACACGGAGAACGUCAACAUCGUAGCUGACCUGUAUGCUGAAAUUGUGGGCCUCCUGUCACAAACCAGAUUUCCCCUAGUACGCUGCCGAUUUAUGCGGUGUCUAAAUGAAUUGCGAUCCAAGGAGAACAGCCCAAACGUCCGUCAAAGUAUCAUUUCCCUCAUAAUGGGGAUGAAAUUCUUUCGUGUGAAGAUGCACCCCAUUGAAGAUUUUGUCAGUUGUUUCGUAUUCUUACAAGAACUCGGACAAUACUUCCUGGAAGCCAAGGAGCCGGAGAUAAAACACGUCAUCUCCGAUCUGUUCGUGGAAAUUUUGUUGCCUGUGGCUGCCGUCGCCAGACAAGAAGUCAACAUCCCUGCACUGAAGCAAUUUGUAGAAAAUCUUUACCCCACCAGCGUUGAUUUGGUGAACAAAAAGAAGCAUAUUCCGGCUUUGUUUCCAUUGGUUACCUGUCUUCUUUGCGUGGGAACUAAAUCGUUUUUUCUCAACAACUGGACCAAUUUUCUGACCAUUUGUCUAAGUCACUUGAAAAAUCGGAACCCGAAAAUCGCUCUUGUCAGCCUGCAAUCACUUUCAUGUCUACUUUG